AUGCUUCCGUUGCGUCUCUGUGCUACUUGCCUGAGGGGCCUCCCAUGGCUGGGGGCCCCCCUUUCUCAUCCUUAUCACUUCUCCCUCCGUCUGCUGUCUUCUGCAUCGCCUUCACGCUCUCCAGCGGCUCCGCCUCAUAGUUCUGGGGGCCCCUCAGGGGCCCCCAAGGACAUCCCAGGGGCCCCUAAGGACCCAUCAGGGGCCCCCAAGAACCUCCAAGGGGCCCCUAAGGACCCGUCAGGGGCCCCUAAGGACCCGUCAGGGGCCCCCAAGGACCCAUCAGGGGCUCCAAGGGAAGCUUCUGGGGCCCCUAAGGAUCAUUCAGAGGCCCCCAAGGACCCAGCAGGGGCCCCUAAGGACCCUCCAGGGGCCCCUAAGGACCCAUCGGGGGCCCCCAAGGACCCAGCAGGGCCCCCCGGUGUUGGUGAUGAUGAGGGGUCCCCCCUUGACGACCCGGUAGAAACAGCACAGCAGCAGCAGCAGCAGCAGCAGCAGGACGUGCAGCAGCAGAAAGAACUCCAACAGCAACAACAGAAACAACUCCAGCAGCAGCUGCAGCAGAAGCAGCAGCAACUCCGCUGGCAACAGAAGCAGCAUCAGCAACAGCCCCAGCAGCAGCAGCAGAAGCAGUAA